AUGGAUGUCGAAAAGACAAUCAGAGGCCUAAAUCCCCUUGUUGGACAAGUGGUCCCUAUUCGAACAGUCCAAGAGACAAGGCCUACAGAAGAGUUCGGCGAUGCCUUCGUCGCAGAAGUCAAUGUCAAGUCUGCAUCUAAAGUGAUCAAGGCUCUCGACGCGGCUUUCCCCAAAGAUCCUUCCCUUCCGCUAUCCCACCUCCGCCGCUUCGCCAAAAGAGAACUACUCCCAUCCCCACUCAGGGCAGCGAUCGAAAGCCAGAGCGCUCCUCCAGCGGCUCCGGCACAAACUAUCUUCGUCCUUAUAUCACCACCGUUGCCUGAUCUCACCACACUCAAGGCUCUACUUGCUCCAUUUGCGCCAGACACGGCACCGGCCACAAACGAUCCUCCGACUACAAAUGAAAAGCCGGAAGUUUCACAAUCCGAUCUCCCGGCUCCUACUAUUCAACUUCACCCUGUCACAAUUCCUCUUUGCCCUCCCUUCAACGCAACUCAAGCCGAAACAUGGACCAAGACCCUUUGGCCAGUCGUAUUCAAUCCAGCUGCGCCCCGCUCAACUGUCGCGCCGCCACCUCAAACCCUCAAACGCACACAGGAAUCCAUUGAACCGCGGGCAGGGUACUACCUAUCCCUAGCGCGCAAAGUAGCAGAGGAAGCAGAAAAAUCUGGGCUAGGCCGCGGUGUAGGCGCAGUGAUAGUCGACCCUGCCAUUGAAGAAGAAAUAACCGAGGCAGCCUAUGAGGCCGGAUACGACACUACAGCAGAAUGGGAUGAAGCAGUCCUCGCAGUUGCCGGCGAUGCGCGGUACUCCCGCUCCGAGGCGGGUGCGCCAUCCCAGGCCCAGCUGCACGCAGGAGUAGCCCCGAACCCAGCGAGCAAGACAUACACCGCGGAUGUCGAGGGAGGGCCUGAGUUGCACGCGCUGAUGCGUGCUGUUGAGUUGAUUGCUCGCUGGCGCCGAGAACACGAUCGUCUUGAUGACCCUGCAUCAACGACUACCACCGGUUCAUCGAAACCAGAACUAGAACAGUCAGAGCUGAGCGCCUUGGAAUCAUACUUCUUAUACCGCCACCGUCCCGAUACAUCCAACAUCUCCAACUCAUCUCAACCUCCGUCCUCUCCAUUGAAAAGGAAACACCAAGACCCUAACCCUGAAUCCGAAUUAACUACCGACCCCUCUACAGACCCUUCCCAAUCUCUCGACCGUCCGCCUCUCCCAGCUCCUCCCCCGUCUACCGUACUUACGGAUUCUUCUACGGGUAUAACGCCCGCAGCCCCGCGCAUUCGCACUCGCUCGCAGGGUGGCUACCUCUGCACAGACUUGGACGUCUACCUUUCCCAUGAGCCGUGUCUGUGCUGCUCUAUGGGCAUGCUUCUCUCCCGGUUCCGGUCUGUCAUCUUCCCCAGACGUGGGAGGUUGGCGAGUGGUGGCCUGUCUUCUGAGCCGGCUGUUGGUCCUGUGGCCAAUGAGGCUGACCGGGCUGUAGAAUCCUCUACGGUCGAUGGACAAGACGAGAGGGGUUACUAUGGGCUGCAUUGGAGGAAGGAAUUGAAUUGGAGAGCUCUUGGCUUUGAGUUUGUGGAGGAUGGGGAUGAAGUGAAGAGCGCUGGAAUGCCUGUCUUCCAUGCUUAA